AGCAACAACGUCAGCAGUAGCAGAAACGUCAGCAGCACAGCAGUUCCUUAUUUGAGCAAUGGGUGUUAAGCUGUUAAACAUUGCCUCAAUGGCAUGCCAUCCAUGACUUGGCUGGAUGAUUGGAGAGCAGACAGGAGACUGGCGGAAGGCGAGCAGACAGGCUCACCACUGCCUUGCCGCAGAAGCGUGUGACCCCCACUUAGUAGGCCACUCUAUUUUCCAUGGUAAUGCAGUCACUUUUUGGGGGUUCAACGCGUUAGACAGCCAGCCAGCUAACGGCUGCUGACGAAAAAUCCGUCGGUUGUUUUCGUUUUUUCUUUGUUGAAAUGUAACAGAGAAGAAUAGUUAAAAGAAAGGCGAAAAAUAAAAGAAAAAUAAAACCAGAGCUAAUAAAACACAACAAAAAUUAAUACUAAAUUUAAUUCACUGAAAGAUUUUUUAAAUGGUAAUGGCUUUGAGAAUUUUGAAAAGUGCUAUUCGACAAACAACAGCAACAACUCCAAGGCAACAUGUCGCACCUAUUGAAACGUACGAAAAAGUCCUGCAUAAAGCUUAUUCGCAAAAUUUCAAACAAACAGAUUUUCCUUAAACGUUUGGAAGAGGAGGACAUAUCGACCGAUGUGGACAUAUCUGUGGAGGCUAAGGAGAGGGACAUCAAUCAAAAUGAGAACAUAUGCAUGCAACCGCAACAACAAAAACUUUCCACUUGCUAUAAGAAACACAAAGAUAAAUCUCACUCUCCGCUCUCCUCCACAGAGGAUAUAACAAAAGAGAGAACCAAACGAAAAUUACCCAUUCAUUUGGAAGAUCUAAGUUCGGAUAAACCUGUCCUCCAAAGUUUAACCUCAAAAUUAUUUCUCACAGCAGAUGGUUAUGAAUUUCAGCGUCUUCAACAGUUACGCAGCGAUACAGCUUCCGAAAUAAUCCCCUAUGAUCCGGAAUUUGCAAAGUGUUCGGCAAGGGAGUGCUCACGUGAGAGGCCCACUUCGUUAUUUAGUGAAGAAGAGGAUUUCGACGACGUUGAAAAGAAAAUCGAAGUUGUUUUCGAGAAGGUCAAGUACAAAGAAGAUGUCCGCUAUCUACGCCAUACCCCGUCCACUUGUAGCCUAGACAAUUACAUAAUUCGCGACGAAGACGACAAUGAGGAAUUGACCCAGCCAACUGAUGAGGAGCAUAUUCUAAAUACCACCAAUCUAAUGCAAAAUCAAAAUAACAACAACAAUACCAUUUGUCGGACUCGAAAUAGUUUCAACGGCAUUGACAACCAAAUGUUUACUUCCUCAAUGCCGGGCGAAUGCCUUGCAGAUGCCAAGCGAGAGGAUGAUACCACCACCAGAGGCCUUCAGAAUCCAGCCAUCAACAGAUAUGCUUGCGAGUUCCAAGAAUCCUCUGAUAAUUGUGAUGGCAUUCAGCUAGAGCUGCAGCAUUCGCCCCAACAACCUCCGCCGCAACAGCAUCACUAUUAUCACACCUCCUCCCAACCAUCUAAUCAAAAUUUGCUUCCACUCAACGUUAGUCUAGGUUGUAUUACCGAUGGUAAUUAUCAUCAGUUGUUCAUUGGCGAGCAGCGGGAUGCCUUCUACAAGCUGACACCUGUCGUCAAGUGGGAUAUCAACGGCAAUUCUUUGGAGGAUGAUGAUUUUCCCGUGUUCGAUGCCAAUCACCACCUAAAUAAUUCUCCAGCUAAAUCAAGUUUACGUUCCAGUUCCACAACAUUGGAGACAUGGUUGGAAGUGGAAUAAGAAUCUCCAAACUCCAAAAUAUACAUUAUUCUAUACAUAUAUAUACAUUUAUGAAAAAAGUGCCCUUAAUUGUUAUCAUGCCUACUAACAUACAUACAUACCUACACAUACAAACAUAUGUAACUCAAAAAUUACAUAUAUAAUGCACAAGACUCCUACCAAGCUCCGCCCAGAUUGAAAUAAAUUAUUCAUGCAAUCUUAAUUAUAUUAUUCAAAAGGAAA